GAAAGGUAAAAUACAACAUUUAACUAAUGCUUGACUUAUAUAAUGUUCUGAAAUGUAAAGGUUUAUGUAACCAUCUUUGCCUCAUUCCUGGCUCUGCUGGUGAAGUGAAGGUGUGAGAUGUAAAUCGAUUCAGAGCAGCUGCUUGUUUUCCUAAAAGAGCGACUCAAGGAAAAUCCAAACGUGCAACAUCCUUUAUUAAGACGAUGAUUUCGAUGGUAGACUGUCCUCUGGUUCCGUUACUGUAUUUUCUGUGUCAGGUUCGUUGGAGGAAGAAGAAGAAGAAGAGAUGUUUGUUCUCAUCUGGGCGACUCUGCUUUUCUCUGUGAGAGUCAGUGAUGCUGAGACAGGUUCUUCAGUGUGGGGGAAACAAAGUUGUCCGUUGACAGAUUACUGUAUCACUCUAGUUGAAGGAGAAAUAACAGCGGAGGCCGGACUCUGUGUCGUGAUACCAUGCUCCUUCACUGUUCCUGAGGAUAUCAAAGUCUUACAUGUAAUUUGGUUGAAAUGUGAAUCGACUAAACAGAAAUUGGGUUAUGGAGACAUGAUUUUCCACAGUAACACCUUCAGCGAUCAGGUUCAGUCGGAGUUUGAAGGACGAGUGUCACUGCUGGAGUCUGAUGUGAGCCAGAAAAACUGCAGCAUCAUCGUCAAUGACCUGAAGGAGUCGGACUCUGGAACAUAUCAACUCAGAGUUAUCGCUUUACCGAAGGAAGGUUCAUAUAAUUUCCCCCAAAGAGCAACUGUCUCUGUUCAAGGUAUGAACCAUCCUGCUGUAUGACAUGUUUGGUGUAUUUGGGCCAUAGGCUGCAAAUAAACAUGAACAACACUUCUCCAUUUCCUUCCGUUGUACAAAAUACGUGUGAUGCCACGUUGCACUUUUGGUGUCAAAGUUUGCACAGUAGAGAUGUUGUGAUGUAGAGUGGUGUCAAA